UACAGCACUUUAUGAGGAUUGAAAGCCCUAGAGGGCUAUUAGUCUCGGAAUGCGAUUUUCCUUCGAAUGACUUCAAAUGCGUGGCUUCUCUUUUCAUAGUUUCAUUUCUACUGCCUUUCGGCAAAAGCUCAGGACAUUUCUUGGAGGAGUCUGCCUUCUGCGGCCUUCCUAUGGAAAUACAACAUAUCACGAGGCCUCUACUGCAGAUAGCGACUUUCGUGUUCUUCUUUCUGCCGCUGACAUUCAUAAUAGUCCUUUAUCUGAAGAUAUCGGCGAAACUGAGAACAACCAAAUUCGCUCGCAUGACCUACAAAACAAAUUCUUCGAGGGGUUCUUCAAUUGCAUCCGGAUGCAGUGCCGAGCAUAGAAAGACAGGAAUCCGAAGAUCUGUCAACAAAAUGUUAAUUGCUGUAGUGAUUGCCUUCUUCAUCUGCUGGGCUCCGUUUCAUGCGCAGCGCCUGCUGGCGGUGUAUGUAGCACCCAAAGAUUGGACGAGGCGACUUCGUAUUGUGAAUGAAAUCCUUUAUUAUACAGCAGGCUGUUUUUACUACUUCAGUGCAACUGUGAAUCCCAUUCUCUACACACUGAUGUCUUCUAAGUAUCGAGUUGCAUUUUGGGACACUCUCACUUGCAUUGGUUACGGAAAGAAGUCCAGCAACGCUAGUAUUUGCCGUACGACACACCAGCACAAUAGUGAAAUAGCUCACUCCGACAGAGAGCCAUCUUUAAGGAUAUCUAAGCAGUCCUUUGAGGCGGAUACCUCCAUAUCCCAUCUGGUCAGAAAGGACAACCAUCGUUCCCAUCAAGAAAAUCUUCUCACAGUUCCUGGUAAGCCUUGUUCUAUCAAGCUGCAAGACUACGGAAGCAUCCAGGAUUGCGAAAAUACUAAUUCAGAAUCGUCUUAUGUCAUCAUUGGGCCAAAGGGCGAGCUAGGAGAUGCCUUGGAGAACCCCGACGAUAUUCACGCAGCUUCGAGUCAUUCCGAACUCAGUCACCAUUCGACAAAAUCAGUUUGCUCGAAAUGUGAUCGAACAUCCAAGUGUGUCAAGAAAGAAAUGGUUGUCCAAAACGCCGGACAGAUCUGCAGUCGGUGCGUGGAUGUGAUGAGGGAUUUUGGCAAGCACAACUCUUCAAACGAUGGAUUCAAAAUAUCAUGUAAGCGGAAUGAAACUGUCGUUUGAUGUCAGUUGCUAACCAAAUUACCAAAGACUGUGAUCAAAAAGAAGUACUCAGUUAAACAUAUUUUUAAAUUUAUUUUAAGCCUAUAAAUUUCAUCUGAAUUUUCGCAUGAAUCUCGCGUUUCAAUCACACGCCAUUAGCAAUGAUAUUUAAGUAUUCGGAAACGUCUAUACAGAAUUCAUUGAGUGGCUUUUGGGAUGUUUUCAUCAUCAAAGAAAAGAUUAAAAAUACAUUUAUUAAAAACAUUUGAAUUCAUAAUGUAUUAAAAAAGGUUUUUAGAUCGAUCAAUAUAUUCUGUGUUUUAAUGUUUUGUUGCUACAUUUGCAGAAAUAUUUUAUCGCAAAUCUUAUUAUAUUUUUGCCAUCAUGCCGAUAAAAGUACGCAAGAAACUUUAAAAUUGUUCGUAUUAACUUCGAGCAUGAGUUACGUCGCCAUAACAGCUUUAAUUAUUUCGUCAGUUGCACAAAUUAUUGGAAACAUCUCCAUGAGGAAAACUGAUUCUGACAGCAAAACGAAAUUUGCUUGAAAAAAUUAGUAUAAGCAGAUCGAUAGGUUAGACAUUUCAUAUUUUGUGCACAUUAAACAGGCAAUACAGGGUACUUUCUGGAGAUUCUAAAAUAACUCACUUUUAUGCAACUAGCCAUCUCUUGAAAUCAAUUAAAAUACAAAUUUUGAUUCAUAAUAUUACCUAAUUAAGAAAUAAAUGAAAUUUUCUAUUUAGUUUUUACCUAUCAAUGUGUAUGUCAGGAUGGCUCAUAGUAACGCUAUAAUUUAAUUAAGUAAUUAAGUAAUUUAAAUAUCUCAUUUUAGUGUUUUGUUUUUCUUUUUAUCUUUAGGCCGACACUUUAUGACGCAUUUUUUUUUUU